AUGGCAGGCGGUCCUUCAGCCUUCCCGGCGCUGUUCGCCAAGCGGACGCACAUGAAUCAAGAGGCGAUGACCUGGUACGCCAUUAUUCUGUGCGCCCUCAUGGGUGUAUUCAUGGUCUUUCACCUCAGUCGCCUCGCCGCACAGAAGAGUGGUCUUGCUGCAAAGCUCUCAGGUCUUUCAAAGCCCUUCAUUUUUGUAUCUCGAGUAAUUCGCAGAUGGUCUGUCCUCAAGUUUCCUGGCUUGCCUUCCGUUGGCCAUGCCGCCGUUGCCAUCAUCUACGUCUUGAUCAACAUUGUCCUGGCAGUCACCUAUCUCGACGACUCCGUACUGCCGUACCUUACGGUCUUUGGAGCCCGCGCUGGAUGGCUUGCCAUUGCCAAUAUUCUGUUUGUCAUCUUCUUGAGCAUGAAGAAUACUCCACUUGGUUACCUUACCGCCUGGUCUUAUGAGCGACUGAACGUCCUCCAUCAAAUUGCUGGAUAUGUCACCAUGGCGCUCAUCAUACUACACGGAGCCACCUACUCUUCCUAUUUCAUCCAAUCGGGUAACCUCGCCCGCCUUCGAGUUCACGAGGAAAUCUACGGAAUCGCAUCAGGUUUCACCUUUCUUACUCUUGUGCUUGCUGGCGCAAUUGUACGACUAUGGUACUACGAGCUGUUCUACAUCCUCCAUGUGUCGUUCUUUGCUAUUUCCAUGGUGCUUGUCGGUUUGCACCAGCCUGAAAUGACCAAAAAGAUAAUUGUUAUUACAGUGUUGGGCAUGGGCUUUUGGCUUUUUGACCGUAUCUUGCGGUUUAUCCGCGUUGUCUUUUACAGCUUCAACAACACCGCCACCCUUCACCCUCUGCCCCAUGGAGGCACGCGUGUUGUUCUGAAGAAGGCGCCUCUACUCGCAAACUCUGGCGAGCACUGCUUCCUCUGGAUCCCCAAAAUCCGUGCCUUUGAGAUGCACCCUUUCACCAUUGCUAGCAUGGACCCCCUGGAGUUCGUCAUCAACUCAUACGACGGGUUCACAAGCGAUCUCCACGAGUAUGCCUCUUGUAACCCCGGUACGACAGUCAAAGCGUCUGUCGAAGGCUCUUAUGGUACCUUCCCCGACGCAGUGGACUACGACAAGAUUGUUAUGAUUGCAGGUGGUAGCGGGGCAAGUUUUACAUUCGGCACAGCUCUCAAUCUUUUGAAGAGAAUCAAGCAAGGUUCUAAGCACAGCAUUGUAUUUGUCUGGAUGGUGAAAGAUCCCGCACGCCUGGAGUGGUUUUCUAGCUCUCUCGCCACUAUCCGCCACGCGCUCAACUCUUCUGUUGAACUCUAUGUCACUCGCAGUCCCGGAAGCCAAACCUUAUCGCAAGACAAUGCGACGCAGGUAGACAGAUCUCGGUCAGGCACUUUUUCCUCCGAGGCUUCUACUCCGUUCACUACUUCGCCUGAGAAAUUCGACAUCACGCACGCUCCCAAGCAGCCACCCAAGGUUCUGACCCGAAGCGUUUCAGACCCCGAGAAAUCCGGCAGCGAAUCUGAACUUGCCACCCCGGUCACACCGGUCCAGCAAGUAGAAAUGGGUCCUCACAUUUUCGGUAUCCCUAUCAAUUACGGCCGGCCUGAUGUCUCCAAGAUCAUAAGCAAGGCAAUCGAGGAAACACCCUCCAAUCAGCGUGUUCUCAUCAUGGGCUGCGGCCCGGAGUCCCUGAUGACCCAGAUUCGGAACACCACAGCCUUGAACAUUCGUACUUCUGGUCCUGCGGUCGAGUUGCAUUGCGAGCAGUUCGGAUGGUAA